CACAAGAGUAGGCCUACAGGUAAUUAACGUCUUGUAGAUUUAGAUAUAUUCACUAUUUACGUUCUCGGAAUGGGGGGUUCGGGUUAGGGGGUUACAAAAACAUUUUCAAGUAUGUACGGUAUUAUUGUGUUUCUCAGCCACCAUAUUGUCGCGUAUACGUGGGCGUACUUAGCAGGGGGCGUGGUUUGUACCGCCUUGCUGUGGCGGCAGCUGGAAGCUUUCUCCGGGAAGAUACCGAGUCGGAGUGUCUGCUAGUAGAAACUGGAGAGAUGCUUUGAAGGGUGACGAGAGUCAAGCACCUGUGCCAUUUUUAAGGAGGUAAGCGGAAAAGGCACCAUUCAGCCGGUUUGCCAACCGACAAUAAACGCCAAAGAAGAAGAAUGUUUCCGGAGCUCUCCUGAAGAUUUAACGAUAGCGUGACUUUAUACUCGCUCCAGCUGCUGAUGUGGUUUUUGGCUGACUUUCAGGAAGUAAACCACUGCCUCGGUGAUGGAUCUUGAAAACUGUCUGAGAAACAUUCUGAAAAACAAAUUUCAGAAACUGAAAGAUGCUGAAAGCUCAUUACUUGCUUCAAGAGUUUGCUCUCGGGACCUGAAGCUGGAACACAAAGAAUUUCAUACUAAUUUGUACCAGAAUGAGUUUAGAUUUAUUGACAAGUCUGACCUCCAUACUUGGAUUGUUUAUCCAACCGUCCCGCUCUCUGAGAUUUUAUCGUGCGACUGCACACACAAUAGCAGCCAAAGAACAGUCCUCACUGUAGGCGUGUGUGGAGUUGGAAAAACCACAACAGUGCAGAGAUGUGCUCUCGAGUGGGCCGAGGGCAUAGGGUGCCAGGACGUCCAGCUCCUGUUUCCUCUCACGUUCUGGGAGUUAAAUUUGCUCGAACACGAACUGACCCUAAUUGACCUUCUCCUGACGUUUUACCCUGAACUGAAGGAGCUGGACGUUUUCAGCCUUGAACAGAACAGCGUGUGCUUUGUCCUUGACGGGCUGGAUGAGUAUCAUGGCACAUUGGACUUUUCCUGUCCGACUGUGAGUGAUGUUUCUGAGUUAUCCACAGUAGAAAAUCUUUUGACCAAUCUCAUCAGGGGGGAUUUACUUCCAGGUGCUCAUUUAUGGAUAACGACCAGAUUUGCAGCAGCAACACAAAUCCCUGAUCGAUUUUUGCUUAAAGAGACAGAGGUUCAAGGGUUCAGUGACGAACAGAAGGAGGAGCACAUCAGGGCCCUCAUCGGGGAUGACAAUCUGGCUGACAAAGUCAUCAACCACGUGAAAAUAUCAAGGAGUCUGGACUUCCUUUGUCAGAUACCCACAAUCUGCACCCUCAUGGCGAAUGUGUUGAAGGAUCAUAUAAAACCAGAGGAUGGAUUUAAUAUCAACCCCCUGAGUUUAACCCAGAUGUACACAAAUCUGGUCAAAGCAUCCAAACCAGAAACAGUUGCCAAGCUGAAAAUCCUGGCAAAGCUUUGGAUGGGAGAAUGUGAAGUAUUCUAUGAUUAUCAUCUGUCAGAAAUUGACCUGAGUGUUGUGGAAGCGUCAACCUUCUCCAAAGACUGUCCUCUGGUGCUAAAAGAAGAAAAGGGGCUUCAUAACAGCACCGUGUUUCGCUUUGGUCACUCGAGCAUCCAGGAGUACUUUGCAGCGUCUGCUGAAUUGGACAAUAUUGAAGCAAAGUUUGACCCGUCAAGACUGUGUAAGACUCUGGUGGAUGCGGCACUGCAGAGCUAUAUGGGAAAAUUAGAUGUCUUCCUUCGCUUCAUCUUUGGUCUCAUUAGGGAGCGCAGCACGUUGAAGCCGCACGAUCAGCUGUUUGACUACACCAAGAAGCUGAUCCUGGAAUACAUUUUGUCCUACAAGGCUGUGGGUCUGUUCCACUGUCUGAGGGAGUACGACAACCAGGCCUUACUGGAUGAAGUGAAGUACUUUCUGAAGUAUAACUUGUCCCCCAUUUCUGAUUUCUCACCGAUGCAUUGGAGCAUCAUGCUGCAGCGGACUAGCAAUUUCGAAGGGAUGAGAGAGAGCUUUGAGAUGUCAGUGUCCACAAGAUGUGAUGAGAAUCUCAUCAGACAGCUUCCAGCUAUUUAUAAAUCCAGGAAAGCCAUGCUGCGAUUCUCCAACCUGACAGACAAGUGCUGUCCGGCCUUAGCGUCAAUCCUGAGCACAAGGGAGGCUUACCUGAGGGAGCUGGACCUGGGGUACAACAGCAUCGGUGACACUGGAGUCAGGGAACUGGUUGAGGGGCUGCGCGAUCAAAACUGCAAGCUGAAGACGAUCAGGCUGCAGGGCUGCGGUUUGACCGGGCAAGCCUGCAAAGACCUGGCCCUGGCCCUGAGACAGUCCUGGAAACUGCGGGAGCUGGAUCUCAGCAUGAACGAGAUCGGAGAUGACGGAGUGAGAUAUCUUGCAGAUGGUUUGAGAUCUCCUGAAUGCCAGUUGGAAACGCUCAGACUAUCACAGUGCAACAUUGAGGAGAAAGGCUGCUGCUGCCUGGCCUCGGCUCUGCAGCUGAACUCCGGCAUCCUGAAAGUGCUGGACCUGAGCAUCAAUAUGGUCAGAGACAAAGGGGCCAAGGAGCUCUACAUCAAAUGUGACGUAUCACAGCUAACAAAGCUGGAGAUGUACCACUGUGGUCUCACUGCGUUGAGCUGCCAUAACAUCGGGGAGGCUCUGAAGCAUGAAACCAGCAAUCUGGUGGAACUCAACCUGAGCAACAACCAGUUGGAAGACUCUGGCUUUGCACUCAUCUGCGAGGGCAUGUACGCCUGGUGCAGACUGGAGAAACUCAAUGUUUCGAGGUGUGGAAUAACUGGUAGGGCUUGCGUUUAUCUUGCAACGGUCCUGUGCUCACUGUCACAGCUGUACAAGGGGCUGACGCAGAAGACAGACUGGCAGGCUGUGGAGCUUAGAGAGCUGGACCUCAGCAUGAACUGCAUCGGGGACCAGGGAGUCAGAGAGAUAGCGGCUGGAUUGAAGAACCCCUGCACCCACCUGAAAGCUCUCAACCUGAGUCACUGCAGCCUGACGGAUGACUGCUGUGCAGAGCUGGCCUCAGGCCUCGGCUCGAAGGAGAGCAUCAUCAGCGAGCUGGACCUGUCGGGCAACGACCUCCAAGAUAAGGGAGUGAGGAAACUCUGCACGGGACUCAGAAGCCCUCACUGUAAACUCGAGAAGCUGUCACUGAGGACCUGUGGCCUGACCUCCAGGAGCAUCCAGUUCCUGUCUGCCGCCCUGAAGUCAAACCCACAACAUCUGGCAGAGCUGCAUCUGAUGGGCAACAAUCUGGAAAGCUCCGGAAUCAAAGUGUUGGUGGAGCUGACGAAGAACGAGAAAUACUGCUUACAGACGAUAGAUGUGUCGGCAGACUGAGGAGACGGGAACCGACGCCAGCUGCUCAAACGUCCUCCUAACAUACACCCCCCCUGGGUGGUGGGAACGACCUUGCCAGUCAUAUUGUGGCUACUCUAUCAAAAGAUGUAUCUUUUCUGUUUGAGGCUAAAUAUAUCUGAAGCAAAAGGAAUUUAUUUUUUACACUUUUACUAUUUUGUGUCAAGGUUGUAUGUUUUUGUAUGCCUUUUUCUGAGCCGCAAUUGUUUCUAGCAAGUUCUCACUCAAUCAGUGCCUACAGUAUUAUUGAUAUGUUGCUUUUAAAGAAUGUUUUCACAAAAUAUGAUUUACCAAAAAUGAAGGACAUGUUUAAAAAAAAGUUUGUAAUGUUUUUUUAGAGUUAAAGAAUAUUGACUUCAGCUUUUUGAUAUAUUUCAGGGACUUCCUUUUGUAUUACUCUUUUGUUUGAUGAACUUCAGUGUUUUUUAAGCUGCCCUUCACAUUCCAAACUAUAUUUGUUUUCUUAGGUUGCGAUGCACAGCAAUAAAAGUAAGCUGACAGAAAAAAGGAAAUAAUAUAUAUGUGAUGCAACCCAUACAAUAUGUGCCUACAGUAUUAUUGUUUUGGACUAUACAUUUAAAUCUUGUGCACGGAUGAAAAUAAAAUGUCAUCUCUGACAGAACAGAGUAAAUGUAGUUUUGUCCAAUGCUGGAUAUUUCUGUUGAAGCAGCUUCAUCUAGUGGCCGCAUGGUGUCAUGUCAGUAGAAGACACCAGUUCCUCGGUAAGUACAGCAGGCUGCAUCUCCUGUGGAAGCACUAUGAACGGUAGGCUAUGGGUAACAGUGCCGGUUCUAGAAGAGUCACGUAAAUGGACCAACAGAUGGAUGGAGUCAGAGAACAAUGAAUGCGGGGGAAGAUGAAUAAAUAAAACCAGAAGAGAUGGGGAAAACAAUGGUUGUGUUUUUAAACAAAGUGUGUAAUCUGAUGACAACAGAUUUAAGGGCACAAGCAGCAAUUCCAGCUGUGCUCCCUGGCUAGUUCCAGGUCAUCUGUGUCCAUGUUCAGGCUCUGCUCAUGGACACAGAUUUUGGAUGUGUCACAAUGGAUCUAUACAAUGACAAGGGGGAACUGUCAUAGACGGUUCUUAGGGUAUUGUCACACAUUUUGACCUGUCAGAUUAUUUUAUGUAACUGCAGUAUUUGUUUUCAUGUAUUUCUCAUGAAUAUUAACAAUGAAGAGAUUUACUUUACUGUCAAAAUGUCUGUGUAUCUAAAUACUCUGCUUCACAGUUUCCAAUUUAUAAUGCUAUUCAUAAAAAAAUUAAUCUGCUUUCAAACCCCUGCAAAAGCCAUACCAAAUGUGACUAUCGCAGAGUUUAAAGUCAAUGGAAGUAAUAUGAUAUGCAGCUAUCAUCAUAUUUGAACUCAAGUCUGGUUGUCCACCUCUAAACUCAUCAAGGUAACGGUUUCUUGUGACGCUGUGCUUUAAUAAGACAUUUUGAAGGGCUUUUAUUUUUGAAAUCCCAAAUCAGAAUGUCCUGAUACUUUCUGAGUGACACUCUGAGGUGGUCUGCUGUCAAUCUGAAGUGAAAUUAGUUUCUGGCAACACACCGUUUACUCUUAAUCCUAAUCUGAAAAUGAGUUUUCAGAUUAGGAUUAACAAGACAUUUUGAAGGGCUUUUAUUUUUGAAAUUCCACAUCAGAAUGUCCUGAAUGAACUGUGACACUUGGUCUGUCCUUUUGAUGUCAGAUUGGACUUUGAAAAUGUAUUCCUCAUUGUUAAAUUUGACUUAUUAUACACACAAUUAGAAUUAAAAUGUUCUCUGAAAUACA